UCUUCUGUCAGCCCAGCACUCUCCGCGCCGGGGCCUUCCUCGGCGUAGCUUUGUCGCGCGGGGGGUGGAUUUUUUCCGCAUGAGAGGUCGACCCGGCGACAUCAGUCUUUGGAGUGUAGACCUGGCCGUCAGAGGAAGCCUGACUGUGGGGAGAGCACUGGACUGGGACUUGGGAGUGGGGUUUAAUUCUUGGCCUGUGGGACCCUGGCCCAGUCACUUCAUGUCUCUGUGCCUCAGUUCCCCACCUGUAACCAUGUCUGCUCCUCAGGGCAGGGGCCCUUGCUAGGUGUAUGUCCUGUGUCUAGCGCAAUGAGCACUGUCAGCACACGUUUGUAGAGUGCCAUUGGUAGUAGUAACUCCAGGUGGCCGGAGCCGGGGCACGUGCUGUAAUGAUGGGGUGCCACGUGCUGGGCUCUCAGGUGUCUGGCUGACUUAGUUGGAAGCUGUUCUGGCGACACAGGCAGGUGGAGAGACUGGUUUUUCUACCUCCUCCGCUGUGGAGCACAAACCCCGCAGAGUGUGUGAGCGGCGUGGGGUGAUACUGCUCGGUAGUGGCUGGGGAAAAUGAUCCAUCGAUUCCAGUUUUAAGUGGAAGCUGCCUGGGCCGGGCUGGGCUGUGGGAGGGAAGGAUCAGGCAUUGCCAGCUCUAGCCUGUUCCCCUGCUCUAGUGUCACAGGCAGAGAGGGGUGAGCUCCUGGGGCAGGGGCCGUGCCCUGGCGCGGGCUCCCCUCACCUCUGCGUGGUCCGGCAGGUUGGCCUGCUAUGGAAUGUGAUGAGAAGCUGGUCCGGUUCCGACAGGCCCACCUCAACCCCUUCAACAAGCAGCUGGGGCAAGGCCAGCAUGACCAGGAGGCUGGGGACGACCUUUCUUGUCGAGACUCGCUGCUGGGGCUGUCCCACGGGGACCCCGGGUUCCAGUGCUCGGAGCGCGUGAUGGACUUGGGGCUGGCGGAGGACCACUUCUCCCGCCCUGUGGGCUUGUUCCUGGCCUCCGACAUCCAGCAGCUGCGGCAGGCGAUCGAGGAGUGCAAGCAGGUGAUCCUGGAGCUCCCUGAGCACUCGGAGAGGCAGAAAGACGCUGUGGUGAGGCUCAUCCACCUGCGCCUGAAACUCCAGGAGCUGAAGGACCCCAGCGAAGACGAGCCCAACAUCCGGGUGCUCCUGGAACAUCGCUUCUACAAGGAGAAGAGUAAGAGCGUCAAGCAGACGUGUGACAAGUGCAACGCCAUCAUCUGGGGCCUGAUUCAGACCUGGUACACCUGCACAGGGUGUUACUAUCGCUGUCACAGCAAGUGCCUGAACCUCAUCACCAAGCCCUGCGUGAGGUCCAAGGUCAGCCACCAGGCCGAGUACGAGCUGAGCAUCUGCCCCGAGACAGGCCUGGACAGCCAGGAUUACCGCUGUGCAGAGUGCCGGGCGCCCAUCUCCCUCCGGGGUGUGCCCAGCGAGGCCAGGCAGUGCGACUACACCGGCCUGUACUACUGCGGAAACUGCCACUGGAACGACCUGGCCAUCAUCCCGGCCCGCGUCAUCCACAACUGGGACUUCGAACCCCGCAAGGUCUCCCGCUGCAGCAUGCGUUACCUUGCCCUGAUGGUGUCGCGGCCCGUGCUCAAACUGCGGGAAAUCAACCCCCUUCUCUUUAACUAUGUGGAAGAGCUGGUGGAGAUCCGGAAGCUGCGCCAGGAUAUCCUGCUCAUGAAGCCCUACUUCAUCACCUGCAAAGAGGCCAUGGAGACUCGUCUGCUGCUUCAGCUGCAGGACCGGCAGCACUUCGUGGAGAACGACGAGAUGUACUCGCUGCAGGACCUGGUCGACAUCCAGGCUGGGCGCCUCAGCUGCUCCUUAACGGAGAUCCACACCCUCUUUGCCAAGCACAUCAAGCUGGACUGCGAGCGGUGCCAGGCGAAGGGCUUUGUGUGUGAGCUCUGCAAAGAAGGGGACGUGCUCUUCCCAUUCGACAGCCACACGUCGGUGUGCACUGACUGCUCUGCUGUCUUCCACAGGGACUGCUACUAUGACAACUCAACGACGUGCCCCAGGUGUGCCCGGCUCAGCCUGAGGAAGCAGUCGCUCUUCCGAGGCCCCAGUGCGGAGGAGCAGGCCUAGGGUCCCCCAGUGCCCCCCCGACCUUGGCACCAAAGAACAUUGGAGAGAACUGGGCGUUCCAGAGGGGCGCGGCUGCAGCGCUGGGGCUGCAAGAUCUGAACUAGCUGCCACCGGGGGCGGACCCCGGGCCAGGGAGCGAGAUGUCGCACAGGCCCGAAGGAGUGCUUUGCUCUGGGACCAGCCCAGCAUGCUGCCUGUUGCUGGGAGGCAGCUCAGCAGGUUCUGAACCCAGCUCUGAGAACUCCUGUGCUGGGGGGGGGUGUAAUGGGGUGGCAGGAGUUGCUGGGGGGCUCUCGCUGUCCCAGCCGGCCCCUGCUUUACGCAGGGUGUUUGGGUGGAAGAGAGAGCACCAGGGCCUCCCACCCCCUCCCUCACUACUGCCUCUUGCCUCACCCGUCUUGCUGCUGCUGUUACUGGGAUACACUGGUGGGGGGCUAGGAGCUAGCUGGGGUCCGUCUCCCCAUGCUGCAAUCCCACCUCCCCACGGCAGGGCAGACGUUGGGUUUUCAGCAAGCAGAACCAAGGACUCAAGGCUGCUGGGCCCGGCCAGGGAGGGGCGCAGGUUUUGGGCAGUGACCGUGAUGGAGCUCUGGGGGGGUAGCUACGGGAUGAGCACUAAUCCCUUUAGUCUUCCUUUUUCUACAGCUGAGGGAGCAGGGCUGCAGGCUCUGUGCAGGGCCGAGCCCCUCCAUCCCAGGGGAAGUGGGAACUAGCA